AUGGACCUGUUUGGCCGAGGAGAGCUGGGGCUGCUGGGAGGCGGGGGAGGCGGAGGAGGAGACGGGCUGAGAGACGACGUUCCCGGGAUCAGCUGGUCGUCCCCCCGGCUGCCGGAGGACAUGUACCCGGCGUCGGGUCUGGCCCUGGCUGCGGCCUACCACGACAUCAAGACCCGGCUGGCCAGCCUGGAGCGGGAGAACAGCAGCAUCAAGAGGAAGCUCAAGCACUACGAGGUCAAGUUUCCUAUGAUCAGUGAGUUCGGUGAGGAGAGGAUCCUGUGCUGCUCCUGUGAGCCCAUCGUCAAGGACGCCAGCGUGAUCCAGUCAGAAACCACCAACCUCCAGCAGAGGAUCAACUCCCUCAGCCAGGAGCUGCAGAAAAGCAAAGAGAGAGAAGAGAGGCUGGAGGAAGUCAUCCAGGCUUAUGAAAAGAUUCACCUGGAGAAAAGCAACGUGCAGAGAGACCUUGACAAGAUGACAACGCUGGCGGAGCAGCACUUGGAGAGGAUCCGCGGUUUGGAGUCGGCUCUCAGGCAGAGAGACAGCUCGCUCCAGAAACUCAGCCUGCAGAUGAGGAGCAAAGACUCUCUCCAGUCUCAGCUCCACGCCAGCCUGGAUGUUCCCAGAGAGGGCCGCGGGCCGACGCUGCAGAGCUCCCGCAGCCUGGACGCCCUGUCGGACCUGAAGCUGCAGCGGCUGGAGGCGGAGCUGGAGGGCGCCCGGCAGCAGGCGGAGGGCGCCUGCCAGAGGGAGAAGGAGCUGCGGGUGGAGCUGCAGAGGCUGCAGCGGGAGCUGGCCGAGCUGCAGGACGUGCACAGACAGUCGCAGGACAUGUCUCCUCACUGCGAGCACUGCGACGUGGAGUGGAUAAAGAAAGCUGGAGACGAACAGGUGAAUCUGGCGCUGGCCUACACCGAGCUCACGGAGGAGCUGGGUCGGGUUCGAGGGCUGGCCGGGAAGCAGAGCGACCUUCUGCGGCACAUUUCACAGGAACCCGUUCCCCGUUCUCCUACAACCCCUCAGCGUCUGUCCCCCACCUCCCCCCAGCACCCGUCGCUCUCGCCCGACAGGCUCCUCCCCUCUCCAUCGCCUCCCCUCUCCCCGAACAACGGCCCCGCCUCUUACUCCCAUCAGCCAACCAGCAGCCGUCUUCGAGCUAAAUUCCAGGGUCGCCGCAGUUACUCCGAGGUUUCUGACCCAUCAGCCUUCCAGAGGCCCCCAAACUGCCUGAUCAGGGACCCGGUGUCCACCCUCCCCAAACCCAGGUCCCUUCUGGGAGGAACUCCAGGCUACAGCCAAACCAAAGCCCAGCUCCGAACCUCGUUGGCGGGUCUGACCAGACCGGCGUCGGCCCACGGAGGGGUGGGGGAUAGAGGGGGAGGCGGAGGUGGCGGAGAGAGGGGCGGAGGCAGCAGUCUGAGCAGCAGUCCUCACCACUGUGCUCUGGACCUUGGCUUCCCUUUGGCUGCAGAGGUCCAUCACUUCUGCCGCCUUGACGACCCUCCGGAGCCCACCCCGCUGGUGACGCCGCCGCAGUCCUCCGAUGAUGAAGAGGACGGAUGCCCGUAUCUGUCGCCGGCUGCCAGCCCACCUCGGACUCUGGGCGCCAUCGGGAUCAGCCCGCCGUCGCAGAGGGAACAGCCCCACCACCCCUCCUUCCCAUCUCCUAGGAAACAGCCCCGGCAUCCCUCCUUCUCGGCCCCCGAGGGCCCGGCCGCCCUCUCCUGCCAUCUGCCUCCCUACAUGAACACCGAGCAUGCUCAGUCAUGGCCGUCUAUUAAUCUGUGGAUGGAGUCGGAGGAGAACGCGUCCCGGAGCUGUCCUCUCUGCCAGCUGACCUUCCCCACUGGCUACCCAGAUGAUGCCCUCAUCAAACACAUCGACUCCCACCUGGAGAACAGCAAGAUCUGACUCUUUCCCUCUUUUUU